AUGUUGGCUGGGUGCUCACUGUUGCUCGCGGUCCUGGCGGGAUCUGCUUUGGGUCUGCCCCAUCCGCACGAGCAGAAGAGGGAUAACACCGACUAUCAAGAGUACAGCACUUCGACCUAUAGCACGGCCUACUCGGAAGACAGCAAAGCUUCCACGUACUCUUCAUCGGCAUAUACCUCCGCUUCCGGAUACUCUUCACCAGCAUACACAUCGACAUCGGUCUAUUCAUCCGCAUAUACGAGCACAUCGGCAUACUCGUCUGUGUACACCAGCUCCUCAGCAUACUCACCCGUGUACAAAUCCACGUCAACCUACUCAUCUCCAGCGUACACAAGCACUUCGACAUACUCGUCUGCAUACACUACCUCUACACCUGUGUACACAUACAGCUCGUCAUACUCCUCUCCAGCGUACACGACCAGCUCAAAAUACUCCUCUGAGUACACUUCCAGCUCAAGUUACUCCCCAGCGUAUACGAGCACGUCAACAUACUCAUCGGUAUACUCACCUGUGUACACCUCGAGUUCAACAUACUCUGCGUACACGAGCAGUUCUUCCUAUGUCUCUUAUACCAGCUCCUCGACAUACUCACCAGUAUACACAUCUAGCUCGGUAUACUCGUCACCAUACGUUUCCAGCUCAGCAUACUCGUCGGUGUACACGUCAAGCUCAAAAUACUCUUCCUACGUCACUUACUCUAGCUCCUCGACGUACUCGACAUACUCUACCUACACCACCCCAGUCUAUCCCACGAGCACGUACACAUCUCCCUCCAAGUAUACCACGUCGACGACGUACACUUCACCAGUGCACUCCUCAUACACUACUACAUCCGUCUACUCCUCAUACACUUCACCUACCUACUCAUCGUAUACUACUUCGGCCUACUCCUCAUACUCUUCGACUGUCUACUCUUCGUACACUCCAUCCUACUCCUCGUACACCUCAUCGGCAUACUCUUCAUACACUUCACCUGUCUACUCCUCAUACACUACGUCCGUGUACUCACCAGUCUACUCUUCGUACGCUACAUCCACCUACUCGUCAUACAGUGCCCCCGUCUACUCAUCGUACAGCGCUCCCGUGGUCUACUCGACGACUUACUCGACCUGUCCUGCUCCCGAGACCACCACUAGCACAAAGACCGUCUACGCAACAGUGACCGAGACAAGUGCGUCGACAUACACCGCAACGUCCGUCUCGACCUACACAUACACCGCCACCGUGACGUACACCACCAGCAGCGUGGUCUACUCCUGCACCCCAACCUACAGUAGCAGCUAUGCGUACAGCAGCUCCAGGUCCACCUACUACUCGACUCCGAGCUACAGUACAUCGUCGACCUACAGUACCUACACGACGCCAGCCUACACGACCACGUAUAGCACCUCCAGCUACCCGGUCUACACCUCCUACACCACAUCAAGCUACGGUUCUGGCUGGUAA